AUGAAACUUGAAAUUAAAAAUCUAUAUAAUGACAGUUUCCAAGUUGAAAUUGAGGAUACAGAAACGGUUAAAGCACUAAAAGAAAAAAUUGCUGCAAGAGAUGACUUAAGAGAAAAGUAUAAUGCUGAAUUGCUUAAAUUACUUUGUACAGGAAAAGUUAUGGAUGAUGAAGAUAUGCUUAACACUUUUACGAUAAAAGAAGAUGGAUUUCUUCUUCUUGUAAAACAAACACCAGGCAAACCAAAACCACCACCGAAAAAGAAACCUAAUCAGGGUUUUAAUAAUAAUAAUAUGGGUGGAUUUAAUUCACCAUUUGGUAUGCAACAUAUGCCGAAUUCAUUUAUGCAAUCACCAUUUCAAAAUAAUUCCUACAUGCAACAACCAUUUCAAAAUAAUUCAUACAUGCAGCAACCAUAUCCAAAUAAUACGUAUACAUCACCCACAUUCAAUCCACCUGAUCCGACAGAUGGAACAGCUACUGAAUCUACAUAUACGGUUCCCGAAUCACUUCCAUCAGCUGAAGCUCGUCAAGAAAGUUUAGGUAGUCUUGUAUCAAUGGGUUUUGAUCUUUCAGACUCUGAAAAGGCAUUAAAAGCUUGUAAAUAUAAUUUUGAUGAAGCUCUAGAUCGUUUAACAUCGGGAAAUAUACCUACCGGAGAUGAUGAUCCAAUACUUCCUCCAUCAGCUAGCUUAGGACAACAAUCAACGGCAUCAAUUAUUGGUGGAAGUCAACCAAAUCCAUCUGCUACUCAUAGUCUAGGUGCUGAAGGUAUGGGUGCAAAUCUUCAAGAAAUGGGACGACUACUUCAAAAUAAUCCCGAACAACUUCAAGUCCUUAAACAGACAAUACAAGCUGAACAUCCACAAAUUGCUCAAAUGAUUGAUGAUAAUCCACAAGCUUUUCUUGAUUUAAUUCGUCAAGCAAGUGCUGAUAAUGCUGGUACAGCUUUGCCUGGUCGUGACAAUCCUGGAACGAUAACAAUUUCUCUUACGGCAACAGAACAACAAUCAAUCGAACGAAUACAAGAAAUAGUUGGUCUUGAUCGAAAUCAAGUCAUUGAAGCGUUUCUAGCCUGUGAUCGUAAUGAAGAAUUGGCAAUUAAUUAUCUUUUAAACAUUGAUAUGACUUAUUUUGCUCCGAAAUCUGAAGAAGAAUAUAAAGAAUACUUGGAUAAUCUACUUGUCGAAUAUCAAUUUGCUUGUUUUAGUGAAAAGCUUGGUGAUGGUUGUUAUCGAUUAGCUAAUUAUCAUGAAAUUAUUAAAACUGAUCAUGCAACAGCUGGUAAAAUCUAUAAAAUGUCUUGUGACGAUAUGAAGUUCGGUCAUGGAUGUUAUCGUUAUGGUACAUUUGCAUUUCUCGGUCGAGGUAUGGACAAAGAUCUUCCAGCGUCAACAAGCUAUUUCGAACGUGCAUGUGAAUUAGGAUUUACAAAAGGUUGUCAUAAUGCUGCUAUUGCUUAUAUGCAAGGUGAUGGAUGUGUUAAGAAUGUUAAUCGUGGAUUGGAGUAUUAUAAAAAAGCUUGUUCAGCAUCUGUUGGUGAAUCAUGUUUAAAUCUUUGGUCAGCAUAUUUUCAUGGACAUAAUGGAGAUGUUGUCAAAGAUGGACCAAUGGCAUUAGAUUAUGCAUCAAAAGCUUGUGAUUUAGAAAUGUUUCAAGGUUGUGUUAAUGCAGCAAUUAUGUGUCGUCGUGGUGAUGGUGUACCAAAAGAUGCAGAACGUGAAAGUUAUUUUUCAAAAAAAGCAGUAGAUUUAAAAAAGAGAUUGGAUGAACCCGGUGUAGAAUUUGGUGAAACACAUAAAAAUUUAGAUUAA